AUGAAAAUCUUAUUGUGUUUAAUAUCAUUUAUUCUACAUUGCCGUGUAAGUAAAUGUGUUCAACCAUAUUUUCCAUCUCAGAUUGUAUUUUCUCCUGAUAAUGGUGUAACAACGCUCGCAAUCGAUGAAACAAAUCAACGUGCUUAUCAAAAAAUUGCUCUAAGUUCUUGGGCAAGUGAAAUAUCCUAUGUUAUGGAACAUUUUCCAUAUGCAACUCCCGAUUCACCACAAUCAAAAUAUUAUGUUCAAUUAUUAGUAGAUUUUCCACCCCUUAAUUGUAUGUACGGAACAUAUUGGAAAUAUGGUGGCAAUACUUUUAAUUCGUUUCCUUCACAUUGGAAGAAUGGAACUUCAUUUGAAAUAAAAAAUUAUAUCAACUUUAAUUAUGAAAUGAUACAUUCAAACGAUUCUUCUCUAGAUGAAGAUUAUUGGUAUGCAAAUGUAACAUGUCGAACUGAUAGUGGAGAAAUUUAUCCAUGCGAAGAAAUGUACUUUAAAAAAAAUACGCAAAUUCCAGUUCGAUCAACUCGAGUAGCUCGUGGAGGAUGGGAUGUUAGACAAUUUGCAACAUAUUAUAAAGUUAUAUCAAUGGGCAAACCCGACGAGAAAUAUUUCGAUUCAAUUCCCAAAAACUGGUCAUUAGCGUGUCGAGAUGUUAUGCUUGGACUUUUAUAUUAUCCACAAACAUCGAAAAUAAUUUUAGAUCAAAGUGUGAACAUUCAAGUUUGGCUUAUAACUCCACCACAUCGAAUUGAUGGAAAUGAUACUGUUGAAAUUCAAUGGGAAUCAACUGAUUGCACGGGUUGUUUUACUUGGACGCCAAAACAAAUUUUUUUUAACAAUGAAAAUUUUCAAGAACGACAAACAUUAACAAUAACUCGUGUCAAAGAUGGACCAAAAACAAAAUUUAUUCCGAUUUUUAAUGGUGGAGGUUUUGAUAUGGUCACAGCUGAUAUUUAUCCUAUUUUUAUUGAAUAA